AUUGUAUGCUUCCUGUGAAACAUGGCGUCGAUUUUUCGGCAUUUCGUCUGUCGUGUUGUAGCACCGGUUAGGUGUAAUGCGAUCAAAAAGCCCUGUCACAGAUAUUUGUCCACCAGAUUGGCAGAAGUUGGCAUUUUAGAAACACCAAAAGAACAUGGAAAUUCCUAUGAGACUGGGCAGCUGUUCCUACAUCGGAUAUUUGGUUACCGUGGCAUUGUCCUCUUUCCGUGGCUAGCACGAGUGUAUGACCGAGACACAGCCACAAAAACCGAGGAGAAGAAUGUGGAUGACAACACCACUGCUAUAGGGAAGGAGGUGAAGGGGAAGAACCACCUGUACUACCAGGUGCUGAUCGAUGCCAGGGACUGUCCACACAUACGAGCACAGACGGAAGCUGUGACAUUCCUUGGAAACCAGGAAAACAGCCGAGCUCUGCACGCUAUCCCAGGUUUGGACUACAUUGCCCAAGAAGACCUUCUACCAUACACCAGUAAUGGAGCCAUAUACAACACUUAACUGUUUGACAAGUUUCUGAUGCAUGAUACAGACAGUUCUCCUCCCUUCAUGGCACGGGAGACACUGCGAGCCUGGCAGGAGAAGAACCACCCAUGGCUGCAGCUGUCUGACGUCCAUCGAGAGACUACCGAGAACAUCCGCGUCACAGUCACUCCUUUCUACAUGGGAUGCAGGGAGUCGCAACAGACACAUGUAUACUGGUGGAGAUACUGUGUGAGGCUUGAGAACCUGGGUGAGGAGACAGUUCAGCUCAGGGAGAGGCAUUGGAGGAUAUUCAGUCUGUCUGGCACCCUGGAGACAGUCCGUGGACGGGGAGUUGUGGGGCAGGAGCCAAUCUUAUCUCAAGAGCAGCCAGCCUUUCAGUACAGCAGCCAUGUGUCAUUACAAGCUCCUAGCGGCCAUAUGUGGGGAACAUACAAAAUGGAGAGGAGAGAUGGAACUACUUUCGAUUGCAAGAUUCCUCCUUUUUCAUUAGAAAGUAAAUCAGAAGACAACACAGGCCCCCAUGCCUUCCUGGGAAGCUAACACUGUUACCAUGGUUACGUCAUGGACACAUUAUUGGAUUAUGUUGCCAUGGUUACAGACUACACAGACAAGGGUGGUUAGUAUGGACUGUUUAAGCUUUGCGCCUUGGGUGCAAACUUCUGGAAGAGGACUUAAAAGAAUGUGUAUAUAGCUUUGUUUUCUCUGGGCUGUAUAUAGCAUGUGUUGUGUGAGCUGUACAUAGCAUGUGUUUGAUGGAGAGAUUAAUGUUGAAUUCUGCAUGAGCAGUAGUGUGUGUGUGUGUGAUUGGGGACAUGUCGCUGAGUGUAUUUCCUACUUUUACCUUAUGUUAUUUUUCAAGUGUAAUCUAGAGCGAUCGCACAACGAUAUCGCACAACGAAAUCAUGGCAAGGUGUUUCAGAAAUGAGUGUCUCACAUUGUACGCACAUUGGGAAUAGAACCAGGGUGUUGGUGUCAGAUGUGAUUUAGCCCUAGCCUACUCCGACACCUGACAUGGAACAUAAGCGGUUAAAUAAAGAUUGUUACAUGACUGUGUAGUACUACUAGUAAUAGUUUAACUGAAUGGAUGUCAGAAUAUUUCUUGAAAGAGAACAGGAGGAUUAAUUUAGUACCCAUAGGGUUAGAAACGACCAAAUACAUACAAGUGCACAAUGGCUGAUAUUGAUGCACCAGAGUGAAUGGUUUUUAUCAAAAUGAGGGCAUUGUUGAUGUCAUUUUAAUUUUAUAGGUUUUUUUAUCCUUUGAGGAUGGAAUGACAUCACAACAUAAAUGAUGUCAGCUGAAGAUUGUUGACAUUAUUUGACAGUUCCUGUGUUUACAGAAGGUGGUCAUGGUCUGUACAUUCUUCUGAAGGAGUGCCAAAAAUAGUUUAGAAACAAUGAGUAGCAAAGAAAUUAUUACAUCGUAUGAGUGUCAUACUUAUGAAACAAGUGUAAGAAUUCAUGUUUACCCUCACUCAUGCUUGUAUACAUAAGAAAUGUGGCACUUGUUUUGUUGAACAAUUAUGACACAUAUACUAGUGAAAUAUCCUCACUUUUGACACGUUUUGUAUAUUUCUGAUUCUGAAGCUCACCUUUACUUUGAAUUGUUGUGAUGAAGUUGUCAACGUCGCAUCUAGCUCUUGUGGUCUGUUGAGGACUACAGUGUCCAUAUGAUGUUAACAUGCAUCUACAUUAUCAUCUGCAGCUGCUAUGGUAACAUCCUCACAUAAAAAAUGAAGUCUCUGCAUUUUUGUGUCAUGUGAGAAGAAGUUGUAUACCAGUGAAUAUAUUUAUACAUUGACUCAAUAAAGAUGCGUUGUAAGGAAACCAUGUUAUCUCAACCAGUGAUGAUUACUGUUAUAUAUCAACAAUAUGCUUGAGCUGGUGACCCCCUUUACUUGUGCAGGCCUUCAGGAAAUGCAUCAUUCACUGCGGUUUCUAUGCUGGAUGAGAUCCAACGAUGGGUAGUUGUGACCUACGGAGUAGGUCCCCCUGAAGUUGGUCAGGCUUUGUUUGUUUGUUUAUUUGUUUUUAAUGCCAUAUUCAGUAACUAAUAUUCCAACUAUAUGAUGGUAAAUAAUCGAGUUUGACCAGGGGCCCAUGGUCAAAACAUUUGUAGCACUAUGCCAUUUGUGAGUCCAUGAUAGAGUUACGAUAAGCCCUAACGUUAAGAAGACUUUGUGGAUUGGGACACUGGUUAAUCAUUUCUGUACAAGUAAGGGUUGCUGAAGAUUGGAGAUGCAAAUUUUCACAGGACAUGUCAUAUCUGGAGAAUAUUCAUAUAUAUCUCGAUUUGAUUUACAAAUGUUAUGGUAGUGUUUGAAGAGUUAAUCUUUGGAAAUUGAAUUACUUCGAGGCAUGACCAGAGACUGAAGCUUGCCAAAAAGCAUAAUCUAAACUGUGUAGCAUUUCAAGAGAACAAAAAUAUCUUUCAUUGUAAUUAAGAAAUAUUGUUUAAUUCAUUAGACAAUGCUAUGUUCUUCAAGUGCAGCAGUUUUGUGCAUGUUGAUCAAGUGGUCUGCAGGAUGUCCUCAAUUAUCCUGUUUAGGAUAUGUUCAUUUUAUUGAGGUAAAUACCGCAGUUGAAUGGGUUGGAAAUUGUGGUGGCUGAGUGGGUAAGAUUGCUGACUUUCUGUGCUGGUGAUUAGGUGCCUGACUCUGAGAGUGUUGGUUCAAAAACUUGAUGGGACUCAACAUAACAAAAGUACUAGAAUCUAAUUUAUUGAGAAAGUGUAAUCGCAGAUAUAUGUUAUAGUGACUAAUUCAGGAAAGCCAUCGUCCAAAUAUUUAAAAAUAUAUAUAUAUAUAUUUGAAACUGUCUCAUUAAACAGAAGUAGACCGAUCUGAGAAAAAAAUAGAUAACUUUUAAUGGACCUUUCCCUAUUCACUAGAAUGGCAUUACAAAAGUCAUACACCCCAAAAUAUAUAAAUUUGUCAGAGGGGACAAUUUUUAAGAAUAUUCUAAAGGCUGUUUGCACACUUAACCAAGACCUGGGUUCAAUUGCCUUCCUGGGUACAAUUUGUGAAGCGCAUUUCUAGUGUCCCCCAGUAUGAUAUUGCUGGAACUUUGCAAAAAGAGACAAAAACCCAACUCGCUCACGGGCCUGUAACCUGUAUCUCACCUUCAAUCAUUCCUGAAAUACAGGUGUUAUCAACAGGUCCACUGACUGCCAUUAUCGUAUUGGAGGUUGAAAUGAAACAAAGUAGUGAGUCAUUCACAAUCUGGAGCAAUCUUUGCUAUUUGCACAAUUCAGUCUUCAUCCUGUGGAAACCAGGUGUUUUUGUUUACUAUUUAUGUUGUGUGAGUGCUUGGCUUCCUGAGUGGAUAGCUGUCUUGCUGUCAUUUAUUCUGAUUCCUUAUCAAGUCAGAGAUUCAUAUUUCAGUCCUGAGUUGCAAAUGCACUUACCACUGGGUUGAAGCAGAUUGAUGCAAAACUUGGCAUGCACAAUACUUCAGUGACUUUCAAAAGGGGUGUUGAGUGACUGAAAAAAGUUUAAAAGUUGUACUUAAUUAAUGUGAUUAGUGUACCAAACAUGGAUAUUGAUGCAAAGUGACAGAUACAGAGUAUUGUAUAAUAAGUUUAUUUUAGAGUAAGACCUUUUCCUUAUGCCUUUCACAGUUAAAUGCUUCUACUAUUCAACCCUUGAUGUUAAUGAUAUUUUGUGAAGUUAACCCUGCCACAGAUGGUGUAUGGGGAAAAGGGGAGACCUGCAGAUGUAUGAACAUGUGAAUAAAUGUUGAUUAUGGAA